AUGGCUAGUGUUAGUUCUGUUUCUUAUAAAUUCAAUAUCAAUGGAGAGCACACCAAAUUUUUGCAAGCUCAUAGGGGUAUUAGGCAGGGUGACCCCAUAUCUCCUAUGCUGUUUGUGAUUAUUAUGGAGUACAUGAAUAGAUUGAUGUUCAAGAUGCAGGCUAGGCCAGAGUUCCAUCAUCAUGCUCAAUGCAAGAAACUUUCCCUCACUAAUCUAAUCUUUGCUGAUGAUGUAUUACUGUUUUGCAGAGGUGAUUCUCGAUCUGUGGAGUUGAUGAAGGGAGCCUUUAAUACUUUCACUAAUUCUACGGGUCUCAGAGCAAAUGCUAGUAAGAGCAGAAUGUAUUUUGGUGGCAUUAAUGAUGAUCUAAAGCAUGAGUUACUUAGUAUGACAGGAUUUACUGAAGGUGCCCUACCUGUUAGGUACCUUGGGGUCCCUCUUACUAGUAGGAGGUUGAAUGUUCAUCACUAUAUGCCUUUAAUUGAGAAGAUUGCAGGUAGAAUGCAUCAUUGGACAACUAAGCUGCUCAGUUAUGCUGGAAGGAUCCAACUGGUGAAGAGCAUUACUAGAGCUGUAGCACAGUUUUGGAUGCAAUGCUUCCCCAUUCCCAAAGGUGUCAUAAAAAAGAUUGAGGAUAUUUGUAGGAAAUUCAUUUGGACUGGAAAUCAUGAGAAUAAUAGUAGCAAGAGUCCGGUUGCUUGGAUUAAAGUCUGCAGCAGCUAUAAACAAGGAGGUCUCCAAAUACUGAAUAUGUAUUGGUGGAACUGUGCUUUACUUAUGAAAUGUUUGUGGAACAUAAGUGAAAAGGCUGACAAUCUAUGGGUAAAGUGGAUUAAUUGCCACUAUUUGAAAGGAAGGGAUGUCAUGGAGUAUGAAAUUAAGGGUAGUAAUAGCUGGAUGUUCAAAGGGAUCCUUAAGCAAAGGGAGCAUAUUGCUAAUAUGCAACAGGUGUGGAAUGAGGCUAAGCUGAAGCAUAAAUUCAGUACCACAAAGUUUUAUAAGUGUCUUAUUGAUGAUGGUAGUUCUGUUGAUUGGGCGAAUGUGAUGCAAAGUAAUAAAGCGCAGCCUAGAGCUCUUAUCUGCUUGUGGAUGGCAUGUCAUAUGCAUCUACCUACUAGGGACAGACUUAAACGGUUUGGUAUCUUGCAGGAUAGUAACUGUGUUCUGUGCAACGAAUCUGAGGAAUCCCACAACCAUAUCUUCUUUCAAUGCAGGAAAACUGGAAAUAUAUGGAAGAAUAUUCUAGAGUGGAUUGAGUUAAAGCAUCAGCCGGUUAGAUGGGAGGAUGAAAUUCGAUGGAUAUCUACUAUUGCCAAAGGCAAGGGAUGGAAAGCUAUGUUGAUUAAAGUUUGUAUAGCGGAAACGAUCUAUAGCGUGUGGAGGAUGAGAAAUGAUGCUUGUUUCAAGAAUAAUGUGGAUAAUACAAACAUUGUGGAAAAAAAUUAA